UUUUUUAUAGUUAAAAAUGACAGCAGUCACACGAUAGGAGUUGAAUUUGGAUCCAAAAUAAUUAACGUCGCUGGAAAGUCUGUGAAACUUCAAAUAUGGGAUACAGCCGGCCAGGAAAGAUUCAGGUCGGUGACUCGUAGCUACUACCGUGGCGCGGCCGGUGCACUGCUUGUGUUUGACAUGACCAAUCGCGAGACGUUCAACGCACUGGCCAACUGGUUGUCGGAUGCGCGCGCACUUGCCAGUCCCAACAUUUGCAUCCUGCUAGUCGGCAACAAGAAGGACCUCGAAGCCGAACGCGAGGUCACCUUCCUAGAGGCCAGCCAGUUUGCGCAGGAGAAUG